UGCGUGACCUUUCCAGGGAACAACGGGCAUAUUUAGCAGGCCGUGCUGCCGUCGCCCAUAAAGGAAUCCCUUCCGGCUUUGGCCCUGCACACAGUGCUGCGCUGCUGCUUGGACGGCAUGCUGAAGCUGGGAUCGGGAACAUGGCGAUGGCGGGGGGCGGGGGGCGCCCCUGCGCUCUCCAAUGGCCUGUGGGCCCUGCUGUUCGGGGUGAGCGUCCUGACCGCUCUCAACUCGGCAGGCCUGAUACUGCUGCUCCUCCAGCACGCCCAGCUGUCCGAGCGCCUGGCACAGACGGACGUCCGCCUGCGGGAGCUCCUGGGGGAGCCGGUGGCGCCGCUGCCCGCUGGGGUGACCAGUGACCCUGAGCAGCUCAUCGCGCAUUCCCAGUACUCCCGUGACAAGAGGAGCCAGGACGACGGGCCUCCAGCGGGCACCCAGAGGGGCGAGCAGCAGGAGAUGAUGAUGAUGAUGACCUACUCCAUGGUGCCGGUCAGAAUCUUGGUGGAGCUCUGUAACAGCACGAAAGGAAUCUGCUUAACAGGACCUCCAGGCCUCCCUGGACACAAUGGAACGGACGGGUUACCGGGCCUUAAGGGGGACCCGGGAGUGCAGGGCAGGCGAGGAAAAAGAGGUGAAAAGGGGGAUCUUGGAGACAAGGGAGAUGUGGGAGUUCCUGGUCUUCCAGGUGAAAAAGGAGACGUGGGAGUUCCUGGUCUUCCAGGUGAAAUAGGAGACGUGGGAGUUCCUGGUCCUCCAGGUGUAAAAGGAGACGUGGGAGUUCAUGGUCCUCCAGGUGUAAAAGGAGACUUGGGAGUUCCUGGUCCUCCAGGUGUAAAAGGAGAAGUGGGAGUUCCUGGUCCUCCAGGUGUAAAAGGAGAAGUGGGAGUUCCUGGUCCUCCAGGUGUAAAAGGAGAAGUGGGAGUUCCUGGUCCUCCAGGUGUAAAAGGAGACUUGGGAGUUCCUGGUCCUCCAGGUGAAAAAGGACACGUGGGAGUUCCAGGUCCUCCAGGUCCCCCUGGUACUGAUGGUCCUCUGGGAAUUCCGGGUCCUCCUGGGCCUUCUGCUCCCCCUAGAGUAGCAAGGAGCAAAAAUCAGGGGGUGGUACUUGCCAACCCAAAUGAUGACACCUUGGCGGAAAGAAUGGCAAAGACGGACACAAUUUUAACGAAAACUGAGAACAUAAUAAAAGCUUUACUUGGCCCUACAAAUGUCACUAAAAUGGAGAGUACAUUUGGAACAUGGAUGCAAGACACGGCAAUGGAAAACGACCCUCGCAUUUGGGUGGUUGAACAUUUCUCUGGCCGAACAGUGAAGGAAUACAAGAACAUGGAAUCAUUCCAGAAUGGAAGCGCCAACAGCAUCGACGUCAAGAAGUUCUUCCAGGGCUGUGGUCAUGCUGUUCACAAUGGGUCCUUCUACUACCAUAUAGCUGGAACCUUCAAGGUUGCGAAAUUCAAUUUGCAAACCCAACAGUUACAUACAUUGGCCAUUGAGAAAGCCCUGUACCACAACUUGAUCUAUUUCCUCCACAACUCUAAGACGUACUUCAAGUUAGCUGUGGAUGAACACGGCCUGUGGCUCAUAUUUGCUUCUAGCGUAGAUGAAAACAUUAUCGUUGCUCAGCUGGAGGAGACCACCUUCUCGAUCACCACCUAUAUCAAUGCCUCCUACCCAAGGACAAAGGCUGGUAAUGCCUUCAUCGCCCGUGGGGUGCUCUACAUCACCGAUGCAAAAGACGCGAAAAUCACGUAUGCAUUCGAUCUGUUUAAACGGGAACCCCUCAGCGUGAGCGUCGAAUUUCGGGCGCCUACUGGCAUCCUGACCAUGGUGUCCUACAGUCCGAAGAACCAAACUCUCUACGUUUGGGACAAUGGUUACGUGCAAACUUAUGAUGUAGUUUUUCUGUCUGAUGAUUAGGUUUUUUUGCAGGGUCAUAGAUAAAUAUUUCUCAAGCUUCAAUAGAACUUUUGUGCAAAAUACAGCUACAGCAGGAAGAAUUUUUUUAAAAUUUUUUAACCAUUUCUUGCCUAAGUGUUAAUGUCUGUGGAAGAACAGGAAUGAGCCCAGGGUCAAGAACAUCAGUGCUGCUCAUUUAUCCAAACAUCCAGCUCCGACGAAAAGCCACUCGUGGCUGUGUGAACAUGUACAGCGUGCAGACAGGAUCAAGCAUUUCAUUUAAUGGGCGGCUAAACAUCAGAAUCACUAAACUGUGGUCCGAGUGAUUUAACAUGUGGUGUAACUGAUACCAUACAUGGCGGUUCCAGUCAUCCUGGUACUUUCACACACAUCAGUAUGCAGGGGUUUACAGACAAGCACCCGCUCAGGGGCAGCUCUGCAGGCGAAAACACUUAAGUGAGAAGUCAAAGGACAUUAGCCACGCUUGCUAAAGCUAACAGGCUAUAAACACACGCAACAGCUCAGUACAAUAGUGAAGAGCGAGCUCACUUACUGUUGUCCCAGAGACAAAAGACGGGUCGUACUUGGACUAUGUCGUUAUAUUUAAUAAAACAGCUGCCCCAUGCGUUUGUACUUUUUACCAGUGAAAGGAAACAAGCAUAAUUUAAAAAUUGGAUUUAGGUGGUAAUAUGUACAUAGACCUGCAUCAUGGCGCACUGGGUGACCAUCAUGGCGCACUGGGUGACCAUCAUGGCGCACUGGGUGACCAUCAUGGCGCACUGGGUGUCCACUGUCUGUGGCCGGGAAUCAAAAUAAUGACCUAAAGACUCAAUGCUUCAGGAACAAAAUCAGUGACUAAGAGCCGAUGACUGAAAUUUCCCGCCUUAGCAAUCAUCACUCAGUUUAUAAUUAAAAUUACUCAAAAGAAACUUGUGUGGGACGGGAAGAUCUCCAAAACGUCAGCUGGGUUCCUCAAGCCUGUCAGCAUGUCUGUCUUUCUACAAGGUGGAGAAAAAAAAAGACCUAAAGUACAAAAUUAGCUUCAUGAGAUAAAAAGAAUUUAUUCAACUUACAAAGGUAAAACAUUUAUGGUGAUAGAACUACCAGCAGGUUCAGAGACCACUGAGGUCCUCCCGACUUUCGUGCGAUUCUUCCCCAUGGGCGAGAGCAGUAGGAGGUCAAGGUGCACGACACAGACAGGAAGGGAGAGAACAUUUUGGUUGAACAAUUAAACACAGCUUGGGCCACGGCUUCCAACAGUCCUCGACAAACACAAACCUGUUCAACAAGUACCAUACAUUUAACCAAAAAGUACAACUAGUUCAGCUGGUAUGAUACAAAUAAAAAUAAAGAAAAUGCUUUAAUGUUUGUACAAGCUGUCUUGGUACUUUAUAUAUAUUUAUAUAUGUAUAUUAAAACUAUUUCAAAUUAUUUACUACUUGGCCUAAGAGAGCCAGACAUUCAUUUGCAAAUGUAACAGUUUCUGCUGUAAUAGUUUGCAUUUUUAAAUAAAGUUUUAUAAUGUCCCAAGA